UAAUAYCUGUACUGACAAUAUUUCGCGUUUUGUAAUGAGCGCUGGAAACACCAGACGAGGAAAGCACCAGUAGGCAAAAAAGUGAAACCACAACGUGCCGAAUGGGGUCCCUGCAUUAACAAUCACCGCGCARACCUGAAACGAGAGUAGACGUCACGUGGACGAAGGAGUGUUUUUAGGACACGCAAGAUGGUGGCCAUUUGUUUUUAGUUCAAAGUGGACUGCAAACCUCCUGUUCAAAGCCCAUAGCAGGCAACAACAACAAAAACAUGAAAAGAAAAACAUUUAMAGACCAGAUAUUCAAAUGAAACUUUAGAUGGAUAAGCGRCCGUUUAGUUCGCAAGGUUUACCGUUGGAAGGCGCGAGUCCGGUGACAGGUUUUUCUUCUGGUGACAGAAAAUUUAACACAGUCACGAAAAAAGAUUUGUCAGCACAAAUUGAAGACAAUCUAUCUCGGCUGUUUGAGUGCUUGAAGCUGGAGUAUGGCAGGCAGAUACUUGUUUCUCCAAAAUGGAAAAAUUUUGGUAGUCAAACGUUGCAGUUUUCAGAGAAAACACGACUCAACAACGCAAUWUGGAGAUGUUGGCAUAUUCAAUACCAGAAAAACAAGAAGCCUUUAUUUUGCCAGUUUGUAUCACCAUUAUCUGCUGAAAGAGAACCUCCAAAAAAACCUUUGACUGUAGUAUUACAAGGGCGAUAUUGGAGAAGGAAGCUCGAUGCUAUUGCUAGAGAGUACAAGAAAUGGAGGAUUUACUAUAAACAUAAGAAUGAAGGAGUAGAUGAAAGUCGUGACAGACUACGGUCCUGCAGUACAAGUAGUGGAGACGAUGAAAUAUCUCAUGGGUCUCCRUUAACACAAGUUGUUAAUUUAAUGGAUCUAGAGCUUACAACAGAUUUAGUCCAUUCACACCACGAUACACUCUUCACAACCAAGACAAAGCCGGUCCCAAAACCUGCURUAUCUGAAAUUGUAUUUCAACCAUCGUUGGAUAGUUUGCAACCAAACCUGGAUGAAUUUACCAAACACCUUGAAAGUUUAGUUGUYUCGCUAAGGCAUGGUCCACAAGAUCAGAUUGAAAUGAUGGAACACACAUCUGAAUAUAAUCCACUUUAUUCAAUGUGCACAACUAGUACUGCACURAAUACCUCACAGGCACAAUCACAAACAUACAUGAACACAACCGAAUCGUUUACYCAGUUCCCAAUGGACUAUAGUAAUCAMAUGGAGAUCCAGGAUUACCCGAUAUCACAACCUCUUUCGCAYGAAAGUCUUCCAUUAACACAACUUGAGGAAGAAUCAGAACACGAGAUAUUUACAYCGGAGGCRAUGACGUCUCCUGUGCAGAUACCACGGUCCUCSUCAACYUCCUCRCAGUCGUCAUAUCAAGUWUCCCCUAGUGCUGGUCUGAGCCAUGGACGCAGCAUUCCUUAUAGACACAGUAGUUGUAAUUUACAAGAGUACAGUACGUCACCAACAAGGAAGGCACGAUUACCAAGGAAUGUUUCUGAUAAUCAACUAUCAUCCAUGGAGAAUUCUCAGUUCAACUUUAAUGCACCUUUUGGGCAAUCCCAGGAGAGAAAGAUGUCAGCUAAGGAUCAAUUUCCAAAUCUUGUGGCCUACUUGCAGUCCACAAGUAGUGGGGCUACAGAUACAGCAGCUUCACAGCCUAAGAGACCUCGAAUUCCGCGAAAUAUGUCAGAUUCAAGGCUGUAUAACUCRUCAGGUGGUGGRWUGCACCCUGUUCAUAUGUUCAAUCAACAGAACCUUGCUACAAGUCCACCACAACAAACACCAAUUGARCAGCAAACUCAAAAUGGACAAACACAGAGACAACAAAAUUUAAAUACAACUCAAAAUAAAUCAAGAACUAGAAGAGGCAAACUGCCUCGUAAUAUGUCYGAUUCAUCGCUUAUGUACAUGAACCAGCAACAACUCCAAACGGCUAGUUCUAACKUAUCGUCCAUGCAAAGGAGAAAGUCAUCUGACCCAAAUAGAGCAAUGAGUCCUCCAACAAGCCAACAAAGUGCACAUCCAGUGUUUUCAUCGACUUUAGCUGAAGCACAUGAGGUCAAUCAAGCAAUGAAACAAGAAGUGGGRGGCUCRCCAAUGRGUUCUAGCUCAAUGAUGACAACAGAAGCUCUUGAACAGGUAUCGUUGUUGGAUCAACUGGCACAGUUCUCAUCUCCUGCUUCUGCAMCACAAUCGACAGGUCAACAGAAAUUUCCACAGUCUUCAGUGUUGACUCAGCUKCUUCAUUUGGGUGAGAAUACUCAAGUACCUCAGAAAGACAAAGAGGAAAAUAACCACGUUAUGAAGCAAGUGCUUCAGUUAAUUCAAAAACCAGCAACUCAGCCUAAGUUGAGUCAGGAAGUACCAACAAAUCAGCUAUCAUCCCAAUUAUUGUCUUUAUUGCAAGGCUCAGCAAACGAAGAAAGAGGUAUGAUGUCUUCACAACCAAGUGGUUUGAUUCAACAGAGUGAUUUGCACCAGCAGUUGUCGCUACAGUCGCAACAAGUGGAGCUUCAGCAACAACAAAAACAGCAGUCUCAACAGCAGCUAUUGCCUCAACAGCAACAACAGCAGCAGCAAUUGUUGGCACAACAACAGCAGUUGUUACAGCAGCAGCAACAACAACAGCAUCUAUUAUCGCAACAGCAGCAGCAGUUUCAACAGCCAUUAUUGGCUCAACAACAGCAGCAGCAACAACAGUUGUUAUCACAACAACAACAAGAACAGCAGCAGCUGUUAACACAGCAACAACAACAACAGCAGCAAUUAUUUCAGCAGCAACAACUCCAUCAGUUGUCACAGCAACAUGGACAACAGCAUCAAAUAUCUGGAAAUUCCCAGGAACAACUACUACAGCAACAACUAUUGCAAAUGCAAAAGCAGCAACAAGUAUUGCAGCAAUUUAACAACAAAAGUCAAUCUUAUCCACUAGAACAACAGCUGCAACAACAGUUCAUUCAGCAACAGCAACAGCUCAAACAGCAGCUGCAAGAGAACCAGCAAUCCUCCCAGCUUAUUUCUGCAUUGCAGUCAACCAAUAAGGUGUUACAACAACAUCUGACACAUCCCCAACAAUAUCAACUUGUACAACAACAGCAACAACAACAACAACAACAGUCACAGCAACAAGGAAUGGUGUUUGCAGUUAAACAAGAAACAGUAGCUAAGACAACAAASAUAAACAUUCAGCCAAAACCAGUUGUUUCCCAGUCUAGUAUCCCAACUGCAAUACUGAUAACACCUCAACCACAAUCAACUCAGGCAGGAAUUCAGCAGCAACCAGUGAAUAUAGCAUCAAUACCCUCCAAUCUAGUGUCAUUGCAGCAGAUUUUGCAAGGGAAUCCUGUUACACCRGUGACUUUACCAACUACUGCAGUUGUAAGUCUAGCAGCCACAACCAAUCAGCAGACUAAAGUAAACAGCAGCACGGUAGAUAGCUUUUCUCAAGCCGGGUUUACAACUAGUACCACUACUGCAACUACAACAUGUGACUCAACAAUGAUAUCCACAGGUGAACAUCAAAUGAGAUUGAUUCAUUUUCUUGGACGCAUUUGUAAAUAG